AUGCGGAAAGAUCCCAUUGGUCUGGAGCUUACACGCACCAAAGGCUCCGACAUCUUCAUACAAUCGUCAAACUCUUCAGAACCUCAGGAGUAUACUCCAACACAGGGUUCUCCAAAACUACCGACAGCAUGGCUGCCUCAGACAUCUUCACAACCUCAGGAGUAUACUGCAACACAGGGUUCUCCACAACUCUCGCCAGCGUUGCUGCCUCAGACAUCUUCACAACCUCAGGAGUAUACUCCAACACAGGGUUCUCCACAACUCUCGCCAGCGUUGCUACCUCAAACAUCUUCACAACCUCAGGAGUAUAAUCCAACACAGGGUUCCCUACAACUCUCGCCAGCGUUGCUGCCUCAGACAUCUUCACAACCUCAGGAGUAUACUGCAACACAGGGUUCUCCACAACUACCGACAGCGUUGCUGCCUCAGACAUCUUCACAACCUCAGGAGUAUACUCCAACACAGGGUUCUCCACAACUACCGAUAGAGUUGCAGCCUCAGAUAUCUUCACAACCUCAGGAGUAUACUGCAACACAGGGUUCUCCACAACUACCGACAGCGUCGCUGCUUAAGACAUCUUCACAACCUCAGGAGUAUACUCCAACAAAGGGUUCUCCACAACUAUCGACAGCGUCGCUGCUUAAGACAUCUUCACAACCUCAGGAGUAUAAUCCAACACAGGGUUCCCUACAACUCUCGCCAGCGUUGCUACCUCAAGACAUCUUCACAACCUCAGGAGUAUACUCCAACACAGGGUUCUCCACAACUCUCGCCAGCGUUGCUACCUCAAACAUCUUCACAUCCUCAGGAGUAUACUCCAACACAGGGUUCUCCACAACUCUCGCCAGCGUUGCUACCUCAAACAUCUUCACAUCCUCAGGAGUAUACUCCAACACAGGGUUCUCCACAACUCUCGCCAGCGUUGCUACCUCAAACAUCUUCACAUCCUCAGGAGUAUACUCCAACACAGGGUUCUCCACAACUCUCGCCAGCGAUUUUCCACAACUCUCGCCAGCGUUGCUGCUUCAGACAUCUCCACAAUCGUCAGAGUCUUCACAACCUCAAGAAUAUACUCCAACGCAGGAUUCCCCACAACUCGUGAGAGGGUUGCUGCCUCAGACAUCUCCACAAUCGUCAAAGUCUUCACAACCUCAAGAAUAUACUCCAACGCAGGAUUCCCCACAACUCUUGACAGGGUUGCUGCCUCAGACACCUUCACAAUCGUCAAAGUCUUCACAACCUCAAGAAUAUACUCCAACGCAGGAUUCCCCACAUCUCUUGACAGGGUUGCUGCCUCAGACAUCUCCACAAUCGUCAAAGUCUUCACAACCUCAAGAAUAUACUCCAACGCAGGAUUCCCCACAACUCUUGACAGGGUUGCUGCCUCAGACACCUUCACAAUCGUCAAAGUCUUCCCAACCUCAGGAAUAUACUCAAACACAGGAUUUUCCACAACUCUCGCCAGCGUUGCUGCUUCAGACAUCUCCACAAUCGUCAAAGUCUUCACAACCUCAGGAAUAUACUCCAACAAAGGGUUCGCCACAACUCUCGCCAGCGUUGCUGCUUCAGACAUCUCCACAAUCGUCUAAGUCUUCACAACCUCAGGAAUAUACUCCAACACAGGGUUCCCCACAACUCCUGCCAGCGUUGCUGCUUCAGACAUCUCCACAAUCGUCAAAAUCUUCAAAACUUCAGGAAUAUAAUCCAACACAGGAUUUUCCACAAACCUCGACAGUGUUGUUGCCUCACACAUCUUUACAAUCGUCAAAGUCUUCAAAACCACAGGAAUACACUCGAUUGUUGGAUUCUUCACCAUCCUUGACAACUUUGCAAUCUGAUGUAUCCUUACAAACUAAAGAUUCUCUUGGACUCGAGGAAGAUACUCCACCAUUGAAUUCUUCACAACUCUUGAAAAAGUUCAUAUCUCAGGCAGCUUCCAAAGCUCCAAAGUCUCCUAAUCCCCUGGAAUAUGCUCGACCACUUCAUUCUCUACAAGCCUUGGCUACGUCGCAGUCUCAACUAUCUUCACAACAACCAAAGCCUUAUCAUUCCCAUUUAUCACCCAAUUCUUCAGAGCGCUUUAAAUCUUCACAAACUUCAGAAUAUUCUCAGCGUCAGAAAUUUUCACAGCCUUCAAAAUACUUAAAUCCUGGAUCACUACGUUCUUCACAAUAUUUGGUACAUUCACAGUCUCUAGAAUCUCACCAACCUCAGAAACCUUCACAAUCCCAAAAAUCUCCACAUCCAAUGAAUUAUUCUCAAUCGUUGAAUUCAUCAGAAAAUGGUAGUUCUUCGCAGCCUCUGGAAUCUCCUCACUCACUAAAAUCUUCACAACAGUCUCUGGACGUUCCAAACCCAGCACGCAGCACGCAGCUAUUUGAAUCUCCCCAAUCUCUAGAGGAUUCGCCCCUUCCAGACUUGGAGAAGGACUUGGACCGUCUCAUGGAGGACGACCGGACUUUCAAAGAUUAUUUCCGGUGCCUCGUAGACCUCGGUCCUUGUAACUCGGACUCCAGAAACUUUAAAGACGUGAUCCAGGAGGCUCUGGAGCGAGGGUGCGCGCGGUGCUCCGCCUCCCAGCGUCGCGACGCUGUCCACCUUCUGCUCCUCGUCAUGGAGUGCCGCCCCAGGGAGUACGCUGAGAUAGAGAAGCAGUUCGAUCCGUCGGGGACCUUCCAGAGCAAGUAUCGGGCGAGGAAACGCGACCUCUCGGGGUAGAGGACGACAUACACGGCAUGGUGAAGUGUGAUGGAAGCAAUAUAACUUACAAGCAAGGCAUAGCACAUUUGUAACUCCUUUCCUUGUAAGCAUCAUAAGAAGCUAUUUUAUUACAACGAAAAUAAACUGUAUACAGGCUUUGUUAUUUUGCUUUACAAAACAUACUUGUGUAAACUAUAUUUAUAAUUUCGUAUUUUAUUAUUUCUGUACAUUCUGAUUGAAUACUUUAUUAAUCUA